GCGCCACUCUACAGACGUCAAAAAGGGCAGCUACGAAGAAAGACACCUAUUUGAUGUGUUUUAUUUUCAGAAAAUUUAAUUAAAAUCAGAGCAAUUACUGCAAUUAAGUGAAUUAGAUUUGUUUAUUGCGUGUGUUAUAUCAUUUCCUGUGUGGUUAAUAAACAAGAAUGUGUACUGUUUAACCGUUUCGGAUGUGCGUUGUUUACUGUCAUGUACUUAUGUUAGGAAUAUCUUAAAUAGAAUAGACGUUUGAUGUCGGGGCCGCGUAUAAAAAUAACAUUGGAUUGUGUCGCCGGAGCGGCAGGGCUACACCCGCCUGCGCCGCGGUUCUGAUGAUGGAGCAAAAGUUCGUUCUUCACUUUGUGCUGCUGGUCUUGGGUAUCCAAACCACAACAUUGGCAGCACCCCCUUCAGAUGAUAACCUGCCACCUCGUCCGAAGGAAGGCGGCGUCACCACACGCUACUGCGAGUUCUACAAUGGCUCCACAACCAACUGCGACCCUGCCAAGGACGCCAAUUGCCCUCCCAAUCCGCUGCAGGAGGAAUGCGCGCCGGUUGAGGCCGACAAAAGCGUGCACUGCUUCGUGCUCUGGCUCUACGACAACAUCACCAACACAGCAUAUCCCAAAGUUAAAGGAUGCUUCGUGGACACCGUUUCGUGUAAAGAUCGUUCCGCUAACUGCAGGCUGCAUUAUGCGAAGCUACCACUCGUCCAUUGCUGCUGUGAAGGGGACUUGUGCAACCGUAACCUUACCUUCCCGAGUCUAGAUUCGGUUAUGGCCCAAACCGAAGUGCCGCCACAGAGGAUCCCGGCGUCUGCUGUACCAGACACGGACGACACUCAAGCAGUAAUAGCCUACACCCUGACACCGCUGUUUAUAUUAUUCGCUGUGUUGGUUGCUUGCUAUCUGUUGUACAGGAAACGCAAGGGCAGUUCUUUCGCUGAGCUCGCGAACGGUGAGGCUUCGCUAUCCAGACCGCCUUCAGCUGGCGCUGGUAUGGAGAAUGAAACGGGGACUCUGGUGGGGCAAGUGACACUUUGUGAAGUACGAGCGCGGGGCAGGUUCGGGGCAGUGUGGCGAGCGAAGCUGGGCCAGAGAGACGUCGCCGUGAAGGUGUUCCCGCUCCAGGACAAACAGUCGUGGCUGGCCGAGCAAGAGGUAUUCCGGCUACCGCGCAUGGAUCACCCUGACAUAUUGCACUACAUUGGCGUCGAUAAGCAAGGCGAUAAUCUCCAGGCCGAGUACUGGCUCAUCACGGCUUAUCAUGAGAAGGGCUCCCUGUGCGACUACCUAAAAGCGCACACACUAACAUGGUCGGAGGCGUGGCGCGUGGCGGCGUGCGUGGCGCGCGGCCUGUCGCACCUGCACGAGGAGGGCGGCGGCAAGCCGGCCGUCGCGCACCGCGACUUCAAAUCCAAGAAUGUACUCCUCAAAGCGGAUUUGAGCGCUUGCAUCGCUGACUUCGGCCUCGCCCUGAUCUUCGUGCCGGCUAGGGGAUGUGGAGAUGCGCACGGGCAAGUGGGGACGCGACGGUACAUGGCGCCGGAGGUGCUGGACGGUGCCAUCAAUUUCACGAAGGAUGCUUUCUUGAGAAUCGAUAUGUAUGCCUGCGCUUUGGUGCUGUGGGAGAUAGCGUCUAGAUGCAGCGAAGGAGGCGCCGAAUCCACAUCGCAGUACCGGCUGCCGCUGGAAGAGGAGGUAGGCUCGCACCCUAGCCUCGAGGAGAUGCAGGAAGCUGUCGUACAGCGGAAACUCAGGCCGCACAUACAGCCGCAGUGGCGCAACCAUCCGGGUCUGGGGGUGCUGUGCGACACGAUGGAGGAGUGCUGGGACCACGACGCGGAGGCGCGGCUGUCGGCGUCGUGCGUGCUGGAGCGCGUGGCGGCGCAGCGGCCGGCGAGCGACUCGGCGCCGCUGCUCAUACACGAGCUGGCGCGGGCGCCGCGCACGCCCUGCUGACCCGCACUGCGCACGCGCAACACCACGCGCACCGCACCGCGCACCGCACCGCGCACCACACCGCGCACCACACCGCGCACGACGUGCCGCUCAUCGAGCUGUGAUGGCGGACAGGUAUCACGAUUAUCUACCCCUUCCUUGUAUUAAUCAGUUUUUUAAAUAACCAUUAAAAAGAAAAAACUUUGUGACGUCACCCUGCUUUAAACUGUUGGGAUUAUCUCAUAUUGAAACCGGCAGUGUUUACAUCUAUAAAAUACAUAUUCUGUCCAUAUCGUCCUAGUAGCCUAUAAAGGAAUAUAACAGAUAAGUUAAAACACUGAUUAAAACAAGGCAGUAGUGGUGUUGCCAUCUCAUAAUGUUCCCAGUUCAAAUGCGAUUUAUUUUUUAUUGCAAAAAGGAGUGUUUUGAACCGGUAUCCUACUGUGUUGUAAAGCUAUUAUGGAACCUCAAAGGCAAACUAAGUUUAGCGGCCAAGACUACACAUCACUUAGUCGCUUCUCUUCGUCGCUCUAUAUAAAUGGUCUCCAUGAAUUGCACGAAUUUCCAGUCACACCACCUACCGACACUCGUGCUUUGGAACGGUUCUAAAAUUACAAAUUAAAUCGUAUUCGCAUUUUCCAUGUAUAUUUGGGAAUUUAUUUUUCACUGGCAACACCACCGUUUUAUAUCUCUGAGUUCAAAAUUGCAUUUGAGUCUUAAUAACGUACCGAUCUCCUGUCUAUAGAGUGUCCUUAAACAUGAUCUUGUAAUUCAACGCACAAAAACCCAUGCCCUGUAAAUACCAUUAAUAAAAAAUAUUUUUGUAAGAAAAACACCCUACUAUUUUACUAUGACUUCCGCCUAGGUUUACCGAAAUACGAUUCAAACUUCAAGAGCUUUAUACAGGCUGUUUCAAAUUGAGGGUAUUAUAUGAGAUAUUGUACAAAAGGCUGUUAAAAAAAAAAUGUAUGGUGUAACCAAAAGGUCUAAUAUACCGUCCCAUUAUUCGCAUUCUUUUUCUUUAAAAUUUAGAAAGCAGUAAAAAAAAAACAAUAAUUGUUUUCUAUUA